UGUCAAAUAUAAGCUUGAGCACACUCAGUUCCCUGCACAGAACACAGGAGACGACAUUCAGCUAAAAGCCAGAACAUAACUGAGGAUGGCCUUGUUCAAGAUCGCUUUGCUUCCCUUCGUUUGUGCUCUGACUUCGGCUUUCAACAUCGAAGCUCUGCAGAAUGUUCCCAAUGCCCCAAAAGCAACUGGGGACGUCUGCAAGGACUGCACACAAAUAUUUGAACUCCUUGGCGACAUGGUUUCCAAUGUAGCGUUCCAGAAAAAAAUGAUGGAUGGCCUCGAUAAACUGUGCCAGGUCCUGCCCGGGCCGGCGACUAAAAUGUGCCAAGACGAAGUGGAGAAGAUGCUUCCCAUGGCCCUCAGCUUCAUUGCUGGCCUCGUAAAACCAGCCGACGUCUGCAAGAUCAUCGGACUCUGUGACUCCCCAGACAAGCAGGAGAUGCUGCUCAGCUAUUUUGUCAGGGAGGCCAUUCAGGUUUCCGGAAAUGCCGCCGAAGUGCAGGCCACAGCACAAUGCACCUUCUGUGUUUUUCUGAUGAAGACUUUGGAGGAGCUGCUCCCUAAGGAAAGGUCUGAGGAUGCCUUGAUCAAGCUCCUGGAAGAGAUUUGUCAUAUUAUGCCGUCGUCCUACCGAGAUCAGUGCCACGCCGUGAUCGGCAAAUUCAGCAAGACGGUGCUGGACGCAAUCCUGAGCUACGCCACGCCGCAGUCCGUCUGCACGCUGAUCGGCCUGUGUGACGGGCAGGAGGCUCUUGGCGUGGACCUCUGCACUGUGGCAACCUACAGGUGCAGAGACAUGAACACCGCCCUCAAAUGUGGGACUGUGUUUUACUGCCAGAAGUUUGCCUGGAAGCCUCUCAACGCACAUUAAAGCUUUAAUGGUUGGGCCCAAAAAUGAGGAAACCUCUUUGUCCCCAUGGCCGACCCAGAUGUUUCAACAUCUAAAUGCAAACAUUGCUUACACUGCUCGACACCUGCAGCAUUCUUUGAUAUCUUACUGCAUUUUUUGGACUUUGCUGAAUACAUAUCGUCUGUAUUUAGUGAAUAGAACCUGGACUUAGCCUGAUCAAAUAUCGUGACAAAAGGAUUGUUUGAACUUCUGUAGUAGGAGGAAUGUGGAUCAGAUAUGAAAGAUCAGCAAUUUGAAUUAUUAGUAUGAAAGAAAAAAAGCAAUUCCAAAUGAUCCUGUAUAUUUCAUAGGAAUUAAACAUUUCAGUUUUUUUACUCCUUUGUAGUAACCUCAAAAGUCACAGCGCUUUAGCCACUGUUAGUGAGAAUGAUCUGACUAAUGGAAUAUUACUAGAUUAUUCUUCUCUUCUGCCAAUAAAGAAACAUUUUUAUUCAUUUUUUUGGAUCUACAACUUCAACUUUCCACCAGAACAAACAGAUUCAAACGAAUUAUUAAGGCCCCCAGAGUAACUUAUGAUUCGUGUCCAUG